CUCCUGGUCCAUUUCUUCCUACUCUCAGCACUCAGUUUACCCAGGAGUUCUUCUUAUUUUAUAUACUCUUCGAGUUGCCCUUGUCAUAACAAGCAUCUGGACCCAGGCCAGAUCUAUGGCGUUCAACUUUGAUGGCAACUUCGCUCUCGAGCAGACCGGGCUUGAUAUCUCUCUCAAUGACUUUACGUUCGAUCCAUCUCAACAGCAACAGAUUCAUCUACAUCAACAACAACAACAACAACAACAACAGCAACAGCAACAGCAACAGCAACAGCAACAGCAACAGCAACAGCAACAGCAACAGCAGCAACAACAACAACAACAACAACAGCAACAGCAACAACAGCAACAGCAACAACAGCAACAGCAACAACAGCAACAGCAACAGCAACAGCAACAACAACAUCAGCAGCAAGCAGCACAGUCAAUACCAACAUCACAGCAUGAUCAAUUGCUCACUCCGGCUGGUAGCGAAUACUACUCAACAGAUUAUACUCAGUACAUGUCACCGCUCGCGGUACAGCCUGAAAGUUCUACAGGUGCGGCUAUGGUGAUCACAGAUCAAUUCGAAGACGACGAGGUGAGAAUCAGUUAUUGUACUUUUGUCAGACACCCAAAUUCCCUCGAUGCAAGGGCUCCCUAAUUGUUUCCUUGGAUGGCUUUUUUUUGUCCGAUUCUUUCCCCUUCUUUCCGUCCUUUGAUUGCCCUUUUUAUCUUUAUCUAGAUGUCCAGUUCAAUCCAUUAUUGAAGUGAAUUCAAUAGUCCA